GCAAGACGUACUGGCUUCCUUCCUUCCCAGCUGCAAUGGUUGGCACGAGGCCUAAAGCUGACUGAUUGAAUCCUGAGAACAGCUGAACUGAUGGACAUCAAAAGCCAGUGCUGGACCGACGAGGAAUCCGACGGUGAGAACGAGCCGGAGCAGUUCCUGUACGGCAUCCAGGGAAGUUGCGCUGCUGACCUAUACCGCCAUCCUCAACUUGAUGCAGACAUUGAGGCAGUAAAAGACAUCUAUACCGACAGUGCUGUCUCCGUUAGGGAGUAUGGCAUCAUCGACGACGUCGACAUUGAGCUUCACAUUAACAUCGGCUUCCUCGAUGAGGAGGUUGCGACAGCUUGGAAAGUUAUCAGAACAGAGCCCAUUAUUCUGAGACUCCGCUUUUCUCUUUCUCAGUACCUCGAUGGGCCCGAGCCAUCAGUCGAUGUGUUCCAGCCUUCCAAUAAAGAAGGAUUCAGCCUUGGCUUACAACUCAAAAAGAUCCUGAGCACAUUUACGUCCCAGCAGUGGAAGCAUCUCAGUAAUGAGUUCCUCAAGGCCCAGCAGGAGAAGAGACACAGCUGGUUCAAAGCCGGCGGAACCAUCAAAAAGUUCCGUGCCGGGCUCAGUAUCUUCUCUCCAAUACCCAAGUCUCCAAGCUUCCCCUUGAUCCAAGACACGGUCCUGAAAGGGAAGCUGAGCGUGCCUGAACUCCGCGUGACCCGCCUCAUGAAUCGAUCCAUCUCGUGUACCAUGAAGAACCCCAAAGGGGAGCUCUUCAGCUAUCCGCCAAAUAGCCAGACCGUGGCGGUCCCGGCGGCCAGGGCUCCUGCACAGAUCACCACGAGGCAGCUGAUCGAAUUGUUUUUCUCAUCCCAGGCGGGCGGACACUGCAAGAACAUUCCCACACUGGAGUACGGAUUCUUAGUGCAGAUAAUGAAGUACUCCGAGCAGAGGAUCCCCACGCUUAACGAGUACUGCGUGGUCUGUGAUGAGCAGCACGUCUUUCAGAACGGAUCCAUGCUGAAGCCGGCUGUGUGCACGAGGGAGUUGUGUGUGUUCUCCUUCUACACUCUGGGAGUGAUGUCAGGUGCUGCAGAGGAAGUGGCCACUGGUGCAGAGGUGGUAGAUCUCCUCGUGGCGAUGUGCCGAGCUGCACUAGAGUCUCCUCGCAAGAGCAUCAUCUUUGAGCCCUACCCUUCUGUUGUUGACCCAAAUGACCCUAAGACUUUGGCCUUCAACCCAAAGAAGAAGAAUUAUGAGAGGCUGCAAAAAGCGCUGGACAGCGUCAUGUCUAUACGGGAAAUGACCCAGGGCUCGUAUUUGGAGAUCAAGAAGCAGAUGGACAAACUGGACCCUUUGGCACAUCCCUUGCUACAGUGGAUUAUUUCCAGUAAUAGAUCUCACAUUGUCAAGUUGCCUCUAAGCAGGCAACUGAAAUUCAUGCACACCUCCCACCAGUUCCUGCUGCUCAGCAGCCCUCCGGCCAAGGAGGCUCGUUUCCGGACUGCCAAAAAGCUCUACGGCAGCACCUUCGCCUUCCAUGGUUCCCAUAUAGAGAACUGGCAUUCUGUUCUGAGAAAUGGACUAGUCAAUGCCUCUUAUACCAAACUGCAGCUGCACGGGGCAGCAUAUGGAAAGGGAAUCUAUCUCAGCCCCAUCUCCAGCAUCUCUUUUGGUUACUCAGGAAUGGGGAAGGGACAACACCGCAUGCCCACGAAAGACGAAUUGGUGCAACGUUAUAACCGCAUGAACACCAUACCACAGCAGAGUCGUCCGAUCCAAUCGAGAUUUCUACAAAGUCGAAAUCUGAACUGCAUUGCGCUUUGUGAAGUGAUAACAUCCAAGGAUCUACAGAAGCACGGCAACAUUUGGGUGUGUCCUGUAUCGGACCACGUUUGUACUCGCUUCUUUUUUGUGUACGAGGACGGUCAAGUGGGAGACGCUAACAUCAACACACAGGAGCCCAAAGUGCAGAAGGAGAUCAUGCGGGUGAUCGGGACCUAGAGCCGCAUCGCCGAAGUGAUGGAGGUUUUUUUUUGCAAACUGGACCUCCAUGCAUCGACGUGGGCGGAAACAAGUGGACAAAAAAAAAAAAAAAUUGCAAGUGAAUGUUUUUGAGGAAGGCGAGCUGACCUGCGAGGUAUUGGGAGGACAAUUAUUGUGUUUUUUUCGUCGGACUUGCUUUUUAACCGUAAAGUCACUGGCAUGGCUUUUCCACAGUUACAGCCUGCUUCAUCUCCUUUCUUGCUGCAUAUGUACUGUAUCGCCACUUAUAUUUUUCCACUUUCUAUAUACAAUUCUAUAAUCCAAUGAUCGCUAAAUCCAUUUGUGGGUCAUCUGUAAAGGAUGUAAACGCACACUGGAAUUAAUCCCCUUUUUACCGGGAACCGUUUUCUUCAUCGUCCAUGGGGCAUUAAAAUACGAUGCAAAACAAAUUAAUAUUAUCACAUAUUAUUUUGGGCUUUUUUGUUUUUUUAAAUUACAGUGUUUUUAGAGUUGCAAAGGAAGUCACGUCAGGCACUUUGGCAGGCCAUGCAUAGCUCAUAGUUGGUUCCCCAAAUACUGCGAGCGAUGAUGGCAGAUUAUUUUUCUGUCGAAUAAUGUUUGAGUAAUGGCAUCGGUUUUGUCUGUACAAUUGUUAUCUAAAGGGCAAGCAUAGCUCUGUCAUUUCGUCCUUGGCCAAUGGAAUUCAUUUGCCAGAAUUCAAUAAGGGCGGCUUUGAACUAUCCUCUAAAGGCACUUUGUUAUGAUGAGAUUUAUUGAUAGUGUUAUUAUUUUGUCAUGAUGAAUUCUUACAGCGAGGUAAAUGUCCUUUAUACAAAGUUAAAACAAAUAUUGUCAGCUAAUUUUGACAUUGUUUUUACUCAUCAAAGAUAAAAGAUUGAUUUCCUAAUAGAGUGAAUGAAUGACAACAGCACCUGACGAUCCAGAAUUCAUUUCCCCUGAUGUGCAUAAUGUUGUGUUUUGGAGCAUUACUUUUUCCUGUCAAAAUCAAUUUACGGAAAAGUACUCAAUAUGUUGCCCCGGUCCACCCCCCCUGUAAAGUGGAUGUAUUAAAUAUACACAUUAGCAAAAUUCAACCUUGUGUAUAUAACCUGGGUUAUGAAUUAUAAUUUAUUGUAUGUGGACAAUGGCAGGCAUUUUCUUGACAUUGUAUGAGACAUUGCACUUAAUCUACGCUUGCCUAAAAUGAUGUGUCCUAAAACUAAAAUACAUUGGGGGACUGUAUUCUUAACUAUGUAUGUCUGUACAAAGAAGAGCUGUAAAUAUGGAUGGAAUUUACCCAGCAAAGUACGGAUGCCUGUUUUUCGGGGGGCUUUUUUGCUGCCAAUUUGAACGUCUAUUCUCUCGCCGCUUGUCUCUGGUGUAGAAAGUCAAUGAUGUAAAGUGGGAUUAAAGACAAUAAAAUCCUGAUUUUGCACAGUUU